AUUGUCAUAACUGUGGAAUGUAACUUUACUCAUCUUUCUUGUGAAAACCAUUCAAUUCAAUGUUCCUAUAGCAAACUCCUCAAACCUCAUUCUCUUAUUUUUUCCCAAUUAAUGCUCAUAAGUUUAUAACAGUACACUUCAAUUACAUCAUAUCAUAUAGAUGAAAAACUUGGGUAGAAAGGGUUGGUAUUGGUAAUCAAAUUCACACACACUCACUCACAUACUUUACCAUAAAAUAACAUUUUUUCUUUUUCUCCCUUUGAUUUCCUGAAUUGGGUUUGUAGCUAAUUAGGAUCUGGUUCUUCAGUGCUUCACUGUUUUGUUUUCUAGCUUCUGGAAUUUUCCAUGGAGAUAGAGAAUAGUGUGAUGAAGUCAAAGAAGAUGGAAGAGUAUGAAGUGAUUGAACAAAUUGGUAGAGGAGCAUUUGGUGCUGCUUUUCUUGUUCUUCAUAAGUCUGAGAAAAAGAGGUAUGUGUUGAAAAAGAUUCGAUUGGCUAAGCAGACAGAGAAGUUCAAACGAACAGCACACCAAGAGAUGAAUCUGAUUGCAAAACUGAAUAACUCAUAUAUUGUGGAUUACAGAGAUGCUUGGGUGGAGAAGGAGGAUCAUGUAUGCAUUAUAACUGGCUACUGUGAAGGAGGUGACAUGGCUGAUAGUAUUAAGAAAGCUCGAGGAUCAUUUUUUCCUGAGGAGAAGGUUUGCAAAUGGCUAACUCAGUUGUUGAUAGCUGUCGACUACUUGCACUCUAACCGUGUAAUCCACAGGGAUCUCAAGUGCUCCAACAUAUUCCUCACCAAGGACAACAAUAUUCGGCUCGGUGAUUUUGGUCUUGCAAAGCGACUUAAUGGAGAAGACCUCACUUCCUCGGUAGUUGGAACUCCAAAUUACAUGUGUCCUGAGCUCCUCGCAGACAUACCAUACGGUUAUAAAUCUGAUAUAUGGUCUCUUGGUUGCUGCAUGUUUGAGAUUGCUGCACAUCAACCAGCAUUUCGUGCUCCGGACAUGGCUGGACUUAUCAAUAAAAUAAACAGAUCCUCCAUUUCUCCGCUGCCAAUUGUUUAUUCUUCUACACUGAAACAAAUUAUCAAGAGCAUGCUGAGGAAAAGUCCUGAACAUAGACCAACAGCUGCCGAAUUGUUAAGACAUCCACAUUUACAACCUUACGUUCUUCGCUGUCAGAAUGCAUCAUCUAAUGUUCUUCCAAUAUAUCCCCUAGUUAACUCAAAGGAUAAAACAAAAAGAUCUCCCAAAUCUAGUGGUGGCAAGUGCCAUUACGACAGAGAAAUGGGAUUUGUAAAUCGUUUGGAACGGGUUCAUCCAAUUGAGGGAAAUGGUGAUCUACAAAUUAGCAAUCUUCGUAACAAUGGUGAGGUAACAAUCUCAACCAGCACAGAAGACAAACUUGAGAGCAAGAUGGUUUAUCUUACGAGCUACAUAGCUGAAUCUUCUACUAGUAUUAGCGGCUCGAAAGAUGGGUCAACAACAUCCGAAUCAACCACUUGCAGUGUAUGCAAGGAGGACUAUAAAACUAGACCAGCAAGGGAAAUAGCUAGCACCGGCAUCACCUCAAAGAGCAUACAAGAUUCUCUGCAUGAAAAAAAACAAAGAUUUGAUGCAGAGACCACCGAAGUUGAAGAUACCUUCUUGAGCAAAGGCUUUGAUAAUGCUGAAACACAUAGGGAAGAUGCCAAACUUGAUGACCUCAGGAAAUCUACUACUUCCAGUGUGAGUAAUAGCAGCACCGAAAAAAACAAUUCCGCUAACGAGGAAAGUUCAUCGCUAAUCAUGCAUCCUCUCAGGGUUGAACAUGGCACUAAAUCUGUAGACAACUUGAAAAAAAAUGAAAACCCUGAUGCCUUUACGGAAGAAGGCUCACAUAUGAACGACUUGUUGUGUGAGAGUAAUGAUAAUCAUAAUACUGAUAGACUUGCAGUUAAGGAUGAUGGCAUAGCAAAACAACACAUUAUUUGCUCCACACAGAAAGAUGGUAAUGUAACACCAAAUGGCAUUUCAUUGAGUAUAGUUACUGCAACAGAUUGUGCUGGUGAUGGUGACGAAACAAUCAAUAAUGAGUUGGAUAGUCCGUGCCAUCAAAGAGCUGAUGCAUUGGAAUCUCUGCUUGAGUUAUGUGCUCAGUUACUUAAACAAGAUAAACUUGAAGAGCUUGCAGGUGUGCUGAGACCAUUUGGAAAAGAAGCUGUAUCAUCAAGAGAAACGGCAAUAUGGUUGACAAAGAGCCUUAUAUCUGCUCAAAAGUUUAACCCUGAAACCUAAUUUAUCAUGAGAGGGUCUCAUCAUUAAUUUAUUUUAAUUGUUGUAAGAAAUGUGUAUUUCAAAUGCCAUAUAAGUUUUUUCAUUUGAGUUUGUUGCUUGGUUGAUGAUUGAACAUGCCACAUAUUGUUUAUUGCUAAAUGGUUAUACUAAUUAAAUUAUUUCUGUUAGGUUGGAUACGGUCUAUAGGCCACA